ACAUUGUUGUAGAAUGGUACAUGGGACUGAUUAUUGAAUUAAGUUGAGUGGCUAGCUGGGCGCACCUUUAUUUUAAUGACUUCAAGAACUAAUGGCAGAAUACAUCACUCGCCUGCCAUGAGACCAUCCUAAAAGCACAACUUUAUCGAAAACACAACUCUAUCGACAUAUCCUAUGAAAAAUGGGUUCCCUAUCUAUGUGUGCACGCCAUUCAGGGGGUGUGGUGUGAGCUCACUCGCUCCCAGUCACGCUGGUGUGUGUGUGUGGUGAGUGGAGCGAACGCAGCACAGAGAAGGCGCACUCAAAGCUCGCGCAGGCACCGGAAAGUGGGGAUAUAGUGCGCGGCGGCAUGGCUUCGUCUCACGGGAAAAACGAACACCGGUUCGCCGACUGGAUGGCGAAUUUACCGGAGAGCAUGCACAGCAUCCCGCUUACCAACCUGGCCAUUCCAGGUUCCCAUGACUCCUUCAGUUUCUACAUAGACGAGUCCUCUCCGGUGGGUCCUGAGCAGACUGACGCUGUCCAAAACUUUGUGUCGGUCUUUGGCACGGUAGCCAAGAAGCUGAUGCGUAAAUGGCUGGCCACUCAGACUAUGAACUUCUCCAGCCAGCUGGAGGCCGGCGUCCGCUUCUUUGACCUGCGCAUUUCCACCAAGCCCCGGGACCCAGACAACGAACUCUUCUUCGCUCAUGGCCUCUUCAGCGCCACGGUGAGAGAAGGUCUGGAGCAGAUCAGCUCCUUCCUGUCGGCCCAUGCCAGAGAGGUUGUGUUCCUGGACUUUAACCACUUCUACGGGGUUCAGAACCUGCACCAUGAGAAGUUGGUCUCAAUGCUGAGAGACGUGUUCGGGGAGAAACUCGCCCCCGUCGUCUUCGCUCAGGAGGUGAGUCUCCAGUACCUGUGGGAGAAAGAGUACCAGGUAUUGGUGUUCUACCACAGUCCUAUGGCCCUGGAAGUGCCAUUUCUAUGGCCUGGUCAGAUGAUGCCUGCUCCCUGGGCCAACACCACUGACCCUGAAAAGCUGAUCCAGUUCCUCCAGGCCUCUGUGGCUGACCGCAGGAGGAAGGGAACAUUCUUUGUCUCCCAAGUGGUCCUCACACCUAAGGCCAGCACCGUCAUGAAAGGAGUAGCCAGCGGACUGAGGGAGACCAUUACAGAGAGGGCUCUUCCAAGUAUGAUGCUAUGGAUUCGGGCCCAGAGGCCAGGCGAGAGCGGCAUCAACAUCAUCACAGCUGACUUUGUGGAGCUGGGAGACUUCAUCAGCGCUGUCAUCACGCUCAACUAUCAUAUGGAUGAUGAGGAGGAAAAUGCCACCUGAGACUGAAAGACAGGGGGUGCCAAAGAGUCAAGUCCUCAGCUCAGUCUCACUUUCUCUUUGGUGUUCAUUUUCAGGAGAGGCGUUCCUCUGACUUAUUGUAUAGGGCUAUCAGAGUUUACAGAGGAAGAGAGAGAGAGAGAGAGAGAGAGAGAGAGGAGGGAGAAGGAAACGUUAAGAUAGGAGGAGGAGAAAGGAAGGUGGAGGUGGAGAUAGGGAGGAUGGACUUUGGUGCUCGUUUAGAGCGCCGAAAGUGAAUGAGAAAUGUUUGGUUUUAUCUGUUUUGGGGGUCAAAAGGGCAAUUGGUUUUUAACGACGCUUGGCUUGGCUUCGCUUCAAAUCUGCUGUAACGAUAACUGCUUCUAUCCUCCAAUCACACAAGCUCGUGUUUCUGGCAUUUCCAUCUCUUGUGAGGCUUAGGCUAGCUUAUUAGCAUAUUCUACAGACAUAAAUGUUGUUCGUAUUUUAGUGACAGUGAUGGCCAACCUACAUCAAAACUCAUUUUCAUUGGUGCCAGUAAUACAUCUGAUUGCCGUCAACCUGAUUAACAUGUCAACUACUCACACAUGGCUGUAGAAUUUACUUUAUGAUGGAUGGAUGGAUGGAUGGAUGGAUGGAUGGAUGGAUGGAUGGAUGGAUGGAUGGAUGGAUAGAUAGAUAGAUAGAUUGGUUGAUUGAUGGAUGGAGCUUCCCAAAUAGUUAUUAUAGUUUUUCGAUCUCUUUCUACAUUUACUGAUUAUUUUGUCUCUGUAUCAGUCCUGUCACCACAAUGCGUAAAUUGAUAACUUCUCCUUGCAGUACAUUGAUUUAGCUCCUAGACCACCUGUAACAGCACUUUCCCUAUGUGACAGAUUGCCAGACCGAUUGAUAUUUGUGUGUGUUUUGAUUGAUUGCCUCUCCCGAGUGCCCUCUGUAGCGUAUUGUAGAUCAGUGUUUCCCAACCCUGGUCCUCAAGCUCCCCCAACAGUACACAAUUGUAUUGUAACCCUGGACAAGCACACCUGAUUCAACUUGUCAGCUAAUCAUCAAGUCCUCAAUGAGUUGAAUGAGGUGUGUUUGUCAAGGGCUACAACAAAACUGUGAACUGUUGGGGGUACUUGAGGACCAGGGCUGGGAAACACUGUUGUAGAUGACCAUAAAACAGGUUUAAUUUCAUGUUUCUCGUCAUGGGCUUGAUAUCAUUCUAAUCUCAUGUAGGUGUCUGUUGUACUGAAAUAUUCACCACAAUAUUAGAUUUUUUUCUUCUGUUCAUUUUCUUCUGUUCACUUUUCUUCUGUUCAUUUACUUGUAUAGAAUAUAAUAGAACAGCUAUCUGUUGCUUCACUAUUACUCAUGUGUUUGCCUGCUUAAUUGCAUUCAGUCUAGUAGAAAGAUGUUUCCCUUGCUUUACUCUGCACCUAUUCAGGACAAACUGUAAAUGGAAGAAAAGUUCUAUUUGAAUUGGCACUUGCGGCGUAGUGAAGACUACAAUACGUGUCACAUUUCCUUUGCUAAAAUUUGUUUUGCACAUUAUGCAAGAACUUCGCAUAUAUAUCAAAAGCUUUGCCUCAUCCCCCCAAAAAAAAAAAAAAAAUGUUACGAUUAUUAGUGCAUCUUUUACAGAGAAUGUAUUCUGAUAAAUGGUUAUGUAAACUAAUAUGUUUAUUGUGAACCAAAAGAAGGAGGAAAUGUUACAUUUUGAAUAAGUGAAUGUGUGUCCUGUACGAAAUUGUGCCAUUUCCAACUUUUUUCAGUGUGUGUGUGUGUUUUUAUGUAAGAGAGGGACAGACACAGACACAGACACAGACACAGACACAGACACAGACACAGACACAGACACAGAGACAGACAGACAGGAUUUAAUUGAGGGUUUGUAUGUUUUGUGUGUAUUGUUCAGAGGUAUGUACAUUUUCAUACAAUUUGUAUGUGUUAAUGACUUCAUCCUUAUCACUUAAUCUUAAAAUAUAUUUUAUAUCAUGUGAAAAGUUUGUAUAUAAAGUGCAAUGGAUUUACUGCCAUGUAAUUGUAAAUGAAAAUGAAUGCCAAGAAUUAUCCAUAAGAAAGGCUUCUACAGAAAUAUCUCAGUUGUAUUAACACACAAAUAUAUGGCCAAUAUGAGUUUUGUCCAUAUCUCUGAAAGUCAAAUACACUUCCAAAAUAUAUUUUUUUGUAAUUAAUUAACUAUGUGCAAGAAUCAAAAUAUAUUUGUAAAUAUAUUUCUUGUCACUUAGUGGAUUAAUAUGUUUUGGAUGCUAUCCUAACCUGACUAUAACUACUUGAGUUGUUUGUGUUCAUCUCAAGUAAGAAAAUACUCAAGACCCUUUAACAUUUAUCACCUAAAUGUGUACACUGCACUGCAAACAUGAUAAGUUAGGAUAUUCAAUAACAACAACAAUUAUUAUCAGUCCCAAAUAGGUCAUGUCCAAUGUUUCGCUUAAACUCUGAGAUGGUAAUAUACCUAACAAACAAACUAGUGCAAUACACAGUGUAAAAAGACACCUACAUACAUGUAUUUACUUAUAAAGAUGAUUAUGUACAAGUCAUCUAAUGUUGACAUAAUUAUACCCUCCAUAUUGUAUUCCUUACCUUUCUGUCCAUUUUUGAUGUGAUGAGUCCAUUGCUGUGAAAUUGUUGUAAAGACCAAACCUUGUGUGUUGCAAUGAAACUGAUUCUGUUUUAAGUGGAAGAUGACUAAUCAAAUAAAGCUUCUAAGCCUGUACAGUAUGUUGAUGAGACUCUC